GGGCGAUCAAAAUAAUAUUACUAAAAAUUCGAAGUGAGCUAAAAUUUAGGUUCACCCAUUGAGCAUGUAGUAAACAGCCCCACCUAUUGAGCUACUCCGCUGUCAUGGGGGAGAAGGGCCAGACAGAUAAGGGGUCUAAUGAUGGAGACCGUCCAUUUAUUAUCUUACCAAAACAGCUGGAGCAUGUGACACCUUCUGAGGCGCUAGCCUCACAUCGUCAUAGCUGGAACAGUAACGAGGAACUAGCUGCAAUAUUGGUUGCCUUUGACAAACAUGCUGAUUGGUGUAGGACAUCCGUCUCUAUUAGACCUACAAGUGGCUCAAUGUUCAUGUACUGCCGCAAGAAAGUGCGGUACAGGAAGGAUGGCUAUUAUUGGAUAAAACGUCGUGAUGGCAAGACUACCAGGGAGGAUCACAUGAAACUGAAAGUUCAGGGAGUUGAGUGCAUCUAUGGAUCUUACGUUCACUCUGCGUUACUGCCGACAUUUCAUCGAAGAUGCUAUUGGCUCCUGCAGAAUCCCGACACCAUCCUUGUUCAUUAUCUCAAUGUACCGUGCAACAACCAAAACAAAAUGAACCUGUCAAAUCUACUUAGUCAAAACAUCGACCAGGAGUGGACCAAGCAAGAAUUGAUUGAUCAACUUGUCCCUAUGUUUGGUGAUGAUCUUAAUAAUAAGUUUGGCCAAAUGACUGUGGCGACAAUUGAAAACAUAGUCGAUGAGGUAAUGAGGUGUAGAGCAGGCACACAAUGUACAUGUAACCACACAAACUUUUGCAAGUUCUGUAAGUCGAAACCAUCUCAGGGUGUAUCGUCAAUAGUACUACAGAAGAAACUAGUCUCUCUGUUACAGAAGCAAUCUCAGGACACUCAAGUGGCAGAUAAUAGUGCCCAAAAGCAGCCCCCUCUGGUGUUGAAUUUAUCUCAGUUGCAAGGGGGCAAUGGUGUGAUUAUUCUGAGCAGUCAGACUCAGGCCCCUGUGUCUAUUAUAAAUAGCAACAUGGGGCCACCCCAGGCCCCAGUGCCCAUAGGCCCAGCAAGGACUCCAGACAUGGAAAUGCAUGAGAGAUUGGGAGCUAUAGAUAAAACUAGAGAUACUCAAAGUCUCCCUAGGGAAAUCCCAUUGAAUAAUAUUCUCCCUUCUAGUUUUAAUCCUUCUCGUUCCACUUUCAAUCCUCCCAAUGGUACACUCAAUCCCAGUGGCACACUCAAUCCCAGUGGCAAUCCCAGUGGCACACUCAAUCCCAGUGGCACACUCAAUCCCAGUGGCACACUCAAUCCCAGUGGCACACUCAAUCCCAAUGGCACACUCAAUCCCAGUGGCACACUCAAUCCCAAUGGCACACUCAAUCCCAGCGGCACACUCAAUCAAAACAACACUCUGAAUCCUACAAGUACAUUUACUAACCCAGUGAGCACCUCUCCUAUAGGGCUGCCAAAAGAAUCACA